UGCAAGAUAUUCCAUUGUGCCGGCCAUGGGUACACGCAUCCAUCUAACCCGUCCAUGGUUCUGGAGGACGGCGAGAACCAGCCACCGACCGUCGGCAGACUUUUUGAAUUUGCAUCGGUGGAAAUCGUCCCUGUUACUUGCGUACCUCUCGGCGUGUGGGACUAGCGGGAUCCGGGAUGAGAGAUUCAUCGAUGAAAGUAUCCAUGAGGAAAUGAGAGACAGCAAUGUAACUGAUGAGUCUGUCUGUGGCAGGCUACAGACGACAAGCCGACGCGAACAAGGCAGAGAUAUUGAGCCUGAGGGCGGAGAGAUCGGCUCCCUGGACUAGGUUCCAUAUGUUGAUUUCGGGGUGAGAUUGCUGCAGCGGACAGUCAAGGUUAGCAACACUUCUAUGGGACGUUUCUCAUGAUAUGUAGGCAUUUUGGAUGUUGACAUUUUCAAAGCAGGAAUUUAAAUUAAGGGACUUAGAGACAGUCUGAAAUCACAGAUCCUCUAAAUUUCUUAUGUUUCAGUAACACAGUACAUAACUUGAGAUUAUCACGUGUUUUGUGCUCACCGCCGUCAGCUUCUGUAGCCUGGCACAGUCGCAGAAAAUUUCUCAACUUCCGAAAGC